AUGGUUCGAGCUCAAACUGUAACAUGCACAUCGUUACUCUCGGUGCUGCUCCUGCUCUUCGCUGCAGCCUUGUAUUCGGCCUCGAAUGUCUCUGCAGCACCCAUGGAUGUGUCCUAUGCAUCCCAUGUCCCACCUGGUCACUACGGCGUCGCUCCUCAAUAUGGACUGCAAGGCGGCUAUGAUCCCUAUGGUCAGCAUGCCUCCUAUGUCGGAGUCCCUACUUAUGCCAGUUAUUCCGGAAAUGGCCAGAUUCCCGCCCAAGGCCAGUAUCUGCCCGAUGGCGAAGCGGCUGCCGACGGUGGAAGUAGCCUGAGACAUAGAUUGAAGAGGAAACUCAAAGCUCUGCAUGUGUGGCUCUCCAAAGAUCGAAAAUGGACCCACACGGCUGCUGAAAUUGAAAACAAGUGGUGGUGGAUCGUUUGA